GCCGCUGCAUUGGAUCGAUUGUGAGAGCAGGAAUUGGGUCGAGAAGGAUUGACACUCACCGGGGGAAGAAAGCAUGGCGAUUGAUUUUUAGGGUUUUUCGUUCCUGGGUAUGCCCUACUUGGGUAUUGUAGAAGAGAAUGGAGGGCGCCACUGCCGUCGCCUUUCCUUUUCUUCGAUGCGGAGGCAUUGGGCUAAGCCCGCGAGCGACAUUUCGUCCGCGCGCUUGUAGCUUGGAGAGUGUCGAUGGCUCUGGCAGCAAGAAGAAAGAGCAGCUUCUCGCUGCUAUCAAGGGAGAAUGUGGUAAACUCUUGUGUGCUAUGUCCCUCUUGGGCGCUGGUCUCGCUGCUUCUUUGGCUGGCGAACAUCGAGGCCAUGCUUGUUUUGCUCGGAUUUCUGGAGAGCAGCAAACUUCUACCAGGAUUUCUUUUGCUGCUGCUGAAAGUCGGGAGCUCGAGCACGAAAACAAGAAUGUACUAGAUGUUCGAGCUUCAGAUGGAGCUGAGAAUAUGAGUGAAGAGAUGCAACGUGCUUACGAGCAGUGGAAGACGGUUCCAUAUUCUAUAAGCUUUCCACUGAGGAUAGUCGGCCUUCGAGGAUCGGUUCCUCCUGUUUGGAUCAAGGAUUUUAUGGUGUCUCAAGGGAAACAAAUGAAACUCGGUGCAGAGUUUCUUGGAUCUCUCGACACAAUUUACACCCAGCUUGUGUCUGCUAAAAACAGUGGACAACUUACGAGUAAGUCGACCAUGGCGGCUGACGUUGUCACGCUCGGAGAUUCGUGGCUUGGUGCCGCCAUAAGAAACAAGCUGAUCGCUUCUGUUGGGAAACCCCAGGAGCUCGAGUGGUUUCAGCAUCUUGACCCGAAAUGGCAGGCCAUCCUUAGACGCGAUGCACAAGGGCGUCCAGACGAAACUGGACAAGUUUGGGGUGCGCCAUAUCGGUGUGGUUGCAUGGUGAUAGCUUAUAGGAAAGACAAACUUGCAAAAGCUGGUCUACAAGAUAUCAAGGACUGGGACGAUCUUUGGAAGCCAGAGCUUGCCGGAAAAAUUUCCAUGAUAGAAUCCACACGAGAGGUCGUCGGUCUGGUGCUAAAGUCCCUCGGAGCGUCUUACAAUGCAAGAAAUCUCGAUGCCGAAGUUCACGGUGGACAAGAAGCUGUCAAGGAGAGAUUUUUGAGAUUAAGAAAACAGGUGAGAGUGUUCGAAAACAUCAACUAUUUGAGAGCUUUAGGAGCGGGAGAUGUCUGGAUCGCGGUGGGAUGGUCGAAUGACGUUCUACCAUUUGCUAAGCGGCAAUCCAACGUUGGUGUUAUAGCUCCUGCGUCCGGGACUAGUCUUUGGGCCGAUGUAUGGGCAAUCCCUGCUGCGACCACAAUCAAAAGUGAUAAAGCCGGUGGACGCAUAAGAGGACCCUCUCCACUGGUAUCUCAAUGGCUAGAGUUUUGCCUCCAGCCAGCGCGAAGUUUGGCCUUCCACCAGGAAGCGUUUUGUGGAGCUUCGCCAUUGAGAUUCGCAGACGUCGCUGACAACGGAUCUUCAGAGCCUGCUGGUCCCCGGCUGGAUACAAAUCUUGUCUCUGGAUUGCCACCGAAAGACAUCCUUGGCAAGAGCGAGUUCCUGGAGCCGCUGGAAGAAGAAACUCUUGCAAAGUAUCGGUGGUUACUCGAAGCCGAGUGAUUCGCCUUUGCUGUAAGUGAGACAACGUUGCAGGAUGGUUUUGUAUCCCAGCCUCCACUGGAUGGCGAGCUUGUGCCUCUCGACUCCGCAUGAACCAGAGCUUGUACUCUUUUC